AUGUACUUAUUAAGAAGCUCAGCAUCGAGGUGCCUAAAGAGGACUUCUUUAAAGAGCCGAUUUGUGGAGUUGAGCAGGCGAAAUUUGUUCAUCCAGACCGCUGAGACUCCUAAUGAGCAAGCACUAAAAUUCUUGCCAUCAAUGCAGAUCCUAGGAGAGAACGAGACCAAAGAGUUUUUGAGUGGUAGAGAGGCAGCUUGUAGUCCCCUAGCACUAAAGCUAUUUUCCAUAGAUGGUGUCAAAUCGAUUAUGCUUGGAUCAAAUUUUAUUACAAUAGAAAAGAGCAAUAGUGACCUUAGUUGGGCUCUUUUAAAACCAGAGAUUUUCUCUAUACUUACAGAGUGCUUGAAUUCUGGAAUCCCCGUGUUGACAAAUAGAGAUGAGUUGACAGAUGAUAUGGAAAUUAACGAAGAUGAUGACGAAGUAGUUGCUAUGAUCAAAGAACUCAUAUUUACCAGAAUAAGGCCAGCUAUUCAAGAUGAUGGAGGGGACAUCGAAUUUGUUGACUUCAAGGAAGACGGUGGUAUUGUAUUUUUGAGACUAAAGGGAGCUUGUAGGUCUUGUGAUUCAAGUUCAGUCACCUUGAAAAACGGAAUUGAAAGCAUGUUGAAACAUUAUAUUGAAGAAGUACAGGCCGUUGAGCCUGUAGAUGACAGCGAGGAAGAGGAAGCGAGAGUCACUAGUGCUUCCAUUUCACCCAACGUGAAAAGGGAUCCUCCAGUAUUGUAA